AUGUGGGCCAAGUAUUGGCGGUACGGUAGCUAUGUUGGUGCUGUUGUUACAUCGUUUACUGCUGGUAUUUACUGUGAAAAGUGGAAUAUUGGAAAAGUUAAUGCUGCUACAGCUACAACGCUACCAGCAAUGCCCGAUCUGCCAACGCCCGCUCCUCAAACGGACACCAAAGUCCUACCUUCUCGUACUGCAGAAAUUAUGCAGUACGGGUAUCCUGGAUUCGAUAAUCUCCGAACAUUCGAAGAUUUUGUUUUAUCUUACGACCAUUUUCUUUACAGGACAGCACAUUGGGUUGUUGAACAUUUAAGACCUGACAAGAUGGUAUAUCACCCUUCUAUCGAUCGAUCAAAGUCAAAUUUCCAUGAAGAUGCUUCGAUUCAUCCAUAUUUUAGAUCAACUAAUGAUGAUUAUAAAGGAAGCGGUUAUGACCGUGGACAUCUUGCAGCUGCAGGUAAUCACAGAACUAGUCAAACUUCAAUAGAUCAAACAUUUGUUUUAAGUAAUAUGUCUCCUCAAGUUGGUAAAGGCUUCAAUAGGGACAAAUGGAACGAACUAGAAAAACGUGUUAGGAAACUGGCUCGUAAAAACCUGAAUGUUUUUGUCUGUACUGGGCCAUUAUAUCUACCUCGACUAGAAAGUGAUGGAAGUAUGUACAUAAAAUACAAAGUUAUAGGAAAGAACAAUGUCGCCGUCCCAACUCAUUUUUUUAAGGUGAUUUUGAUCGAAUUUACGAAGGGACAAUAUGAUAUUGAAGCCUAUGUCAUGCCUAAUUCGGCAAUUCCCGACUCUAUAGAGCUCAGUACUUUCUUGACACCAGUGAAUUCGAUUGAACGUUCAGCAGGAUUUCAUAUUUUCAAUAAAUUGCCGAAAAGUUCAUUAAGAUACGUCAAUGGAAAAAAGGCAGGAAGUGUUUGGUGA